CUGAAGGAGAUUAUCAGCGCCUGCUUGGACGCUACUACCGAAGGAUUGUGCUCUCCUUUCAAGAUGCGCAUGGAGCAGUUAAUGUCUGCACAGCAAGACGCGGUGCUGUUAUACAGGAUAAAUAACGUACUGCGGUUCUAUCAGCAUACUCUCUGUUCCAUUCUCGGUUCCUCCACAUGCCUGUCGAAUGCUGUCAUUGAGAUCCAAGAACUAAGUUGGCGUCUUCUGUUCAACAAUUUACACCAGUACAUACGCAACGCAAUGGAACAGACAGAAUUUCCCGCAUCGGAUCUGUCUCCGACUGACGUUGUACGCGAUACGCUCCAACUGCUGAUGGAAAUUCUACGAGCGCACGACAUCUCACUGCUUCCGGAAGAUGUACGAAAAACCUGUUUUAAUCAGAUUAUCACAACCUUGAUCGACCCUUUAAUUACAUAUUGCCAAACCUCGGCCGAUCGAAUUGUGCAAACAGCCAUAUCGGAAGCGGAUCUGUUAGCCGCAUCCGGCACCGCAAACCAAGCAACUUUCACUCGAACUCCCUAUCGUGUCCGGUCGGCCACCUACCUGAUCAAUUGUCUGUAUCUCAUUGAGACUACGUUGGCUCGUCUGGAGUACACCAACGAUCAGGUGGAACAAAUCAGCUCCCUGUUGAACCAAAGCGUAGAUACGCUUGUAGUCGCCCAAGUUUCCGCAGUCCUACAAAGCACUCGAUUGGUUCACUUGCUUCGCGUGCUCGAGGAAGGUCACGAACCCAGUCGAGAUGGACCGCUGGUCAAUCGGUCUGACCAAUCUGGCGGUAGCAUUGAAGGCCUCAGUGAACCAGAAAUUCACAAUGCUUUAAUUCAUUUUGACAUUUAUCUCUCCAAUCCGGAUCGAUAUGCUUUGCCUGAGCUGAGGCAUUUGACAGCACAAAGGCUGCGCAAGAUGAUUCGGCGUCGAGCUGCAGACGCUAUUCAUUCCCAAUACCAAAUCAUGUAUGAUACUCUAGUGAAUCCAGCCAACGGGUACACUUCAUUCAGCAACCCAGUGUCUGCUGAAAGUUCUACAGCACACCCGAAGCUGCGCAGUCCGGAACAAGUGGCCGAAUUAAUCUUGAAUUUUUAA